GAGCCGCGCGCUGCUGGUGCUGCUGCCGCCCCCGUCUUCGUCUCCGCUGCCGUCGGUCGGGCUACGCUCGGUUCUUCAGCGCCCAGUUCUCGCGGACCCAUCGCCACUUCUAGAUCUUGCUGCGAGUUCGGAUCUUGCCGGGAAAAUGUCUGAUGAAUUUUCGUUGGCAGAUGCGCUACCUGAAAACUCCCCUGCCAAAACCUCUGCUGUGAGCAAUACAAAACCCGGCCAACCUCCUCAAGGCUGGCCAGGUUCCAACCCCUGGAAUAAUCCAAGUGCUCCACCUGCCGUGCCAUCUGGACUCCCGCCAAGUGCAACACCCUCCCCCGUGCCUUUUGGACCAACGCCAACAGGGAUGUACCCCUCCGUGCCUCCCACCGGACCGCCUCCGGGACCCCCGGCUCCCUUUCCUCCUUCUGGACCCUCGUGCCCCCCACCUGGGGGUCCUUAUCCAGGCCCUGGCCCCACUGGGCCAUAUCCUACACCAAAUAUGCCCUUUCCUGAGCUUCCAAGACCAUAUGGUGCACCCACAGAUCCAACUGCAGCUGGUCCUUUAGGUCCAUGGGGAUCCAUGUCUUCGGGACCCUGGGCACCAGGAAUGGGAGGGCAGUAUCCCACCCCCAAUAUGCCAUAUCCGUCUCCAGGGCCAUACCCCGCUCCUCCUCCUCCCCAGGCACCAGGGGCGGCCCCACCUGUUCCAUGGGGCACUGUGCCACCAGGAGCCUGGGGACCACCAGCGCCGUAUCCUGCCCCUGCAGGAUCGUAUCCCACACCAGGACUGUAUCCCACUCCCAAUAAUCCUUUUCAAGUGCCUUCAGGACCUUCUGGUGCUCCACCGAUGCCUGGUGGCCCCCAUUCUUACCAUUAAGUUAACAAUGGAUGAAGAGAUGACGCUUUGCUUUUUGAAGUACAUAGAUAUAUGCACAUGAAUGCAUAUAUAAAAAUUGCUGUUUCCCUAUUCUUAGAGGGCAUUCAUGAAAGAACAACUCUUGCACCUCUCAGAAGAUGUCUGCCUCUUGUGCUUGGAUGUAUAGUACAUCUGAUGGAUACAAUCAGAUAAAAAUGUAAACGGAAAUCAUUCAAGUGUGAUUUUUAUUUGGUUUUUAUGGAAAGUUAAAGUAAUUACGUAUAUUGAAUAGCUCUUUGCUACAAUUUGUUUAAAACAGACUUUUCAAUUUGUUUAAAUUAUGAAACUAAACACUUAUAUAAUCACUUUUUCCCCCAAAUAAACACACUUUGAAAACAA